AGGCAGAGAUAUAGGUUAUAGUAGACGGAACAGCUCACCUGUUGUCGGAGCUGCGGUUAGCUCUCAUUUUAACUUCGUAGGUACUUGCUUUUUGUCGUCAGAGUUGCUCUGAGUGUUGGUCCACGCAGAAUGACGGACACUAUUUUACCAAACGGAAUCGACAGCGGAGGAGACAGUAGUUACUUCAAAAAGGGUUGCAACCCUCUUGCACAGACYGGACGAAGCAAACUGCAGAAUCAACGGGCCAGUCUGAAUCAGCAGAUCAUCAAACAGAUGAGGAUGAGGGCUGGAGCUGAGAAUCUUAUGAAGGCUACAAACAACAACAAGGUGAAAGAGAUGGUAGUUCUGGAGUUGAGCUACAUCAACUCCAACCUGCAACUUCUGAUGGGACAGCUAGAAGCUCUCAACAGCUCUGUGGACGUCUAUCAAAGCACACAGGAAACGGCUAACAUUCCCCUGAUUGCUCUGGGUCUAAAGGAAACUAAAGAAGUUGACUUUUCCACCCCAUUCAAGGACUUCAUCCAGGAGCACUACAACGAGGAUGGUAGAAGUUUUGAGGAGGAGAUAGCUGACCUAAUGGACUUGCGGCAGGCUUGCAGAACACCCGCUCGCACAGAGGCCGGGGUGGAGCUGCUUGCAAAGUACUACAGCCAUCUUCCACUCAUAGAGAACCGAUUCUUCUCCCCAAACCACCAGACUGGCAUCUUCUUCACCUGGUACGAUUCAUUCACUGGAAUGCCGGUGUGCCAGCAGAACAUUUCUCUAGAAAAGGCCAGCAUCCUCUUCAACAUGGCUGCCCUUUACUCCCAGAUUGGAACCCGCAGUGACCGACAAAAAACAGAGGGCUUGGAGGAGGCCAUYUCUGCCUUUCAGAAAGCUGCAGGUGUCUUAAACCUCCUCAAAGAGACGUUCACCCACAUUCCCAGCUACGACAUGAGCCCAGCAAUGAUCAGCAUGCUGAUUCGACUGAUGCUUGCUCAAGCUCAGCAGUGCCUGCUGGAGAAGACAGUACUGCAUGGAAUCCCAAACCGGUUCUGCUCUCUGAUAAAAGUUGCUCAGGAGGCUGCUAAAGUCUCAGAGGACUUUGACAAAAUCCAUCAGUCCAUGAUCCAGACGCCAGUCAAAGACAAAGUCCCAUUGUUCUGGUCCACCGUGUCACUAGUGAAAACCAACCACUACCGCUCCAUGGCACAUUACUUUGUAGCUUUAGCCCUGCUGGAUCAUGAGUUGGGUCCCAGUGAUGAUGAGGACCAGCAGGAGAAGACGUUAUCACAGGUGUACGAUCAGCUCCCUGAGGACUGCACACCCAUCGACAUCCUGAAGAACAAAGAUGAACGUGAACGCUUCGGUAAAGCUCACAUUCGCCAUGCCAUCUCGGGUCACGAGGAGGCUCUGAGGAUUUACGGUCUGUGUGAACACUUAAACAAGAUGGAGUUCCUGAAGGACAUUUUAAAAGCCAGCCACCACCUGUCACUUGAAAAGUACAGUGACUAUGAAAACGAGGAAGAGUUCACGGACUACAUGGUAGCCCCAGACAUCACUCCUAAAGCAGAGCACAGAGCAGAAAUGGAGGUUCCUACAGCAACAAAGGUGAAAGUCAUCGACUUUUUCCAGAGGCUGGGCCCUCUGUCAAUCUUUUCAGCCAAACAGAAGUGGACACCCCCGAGGACGGUACGGAUUUAUCCAGUGGACAGAGACGAAGGAUUUACUCUGAAAGGAAACUCACCUGUCCAGGUGGUCUCACUGGACCCCCUCUGUCCCGCUGCAGCUGAUGGUCUACGAGAGGGUGACUUUAUUGUUUCUGUGGGUAAAAAGGACUGCAAAUGGGUGGGGGUGGGUGAAAUGUUGCAUCUUCUGAAGGAUGUCGAUGAAGAUGGGAUUGAAAUCCAGGUGGUGAGCCUGAUGGAGAGCAGCCCUUCAAUGCCAACAAAGAGUGCCACCUUUUCCGGAAAUUUGCCUAAAACCUACUCCAUGAUUUGCCUGGCUUAUGACGAGGAAGAAAAGAAUCCGAAAUCCCGCAAAGUAACCAAGAAGUCGUCGUUCCUGAGCUGGGGUCUGAAGAACAGGAAUAAGAGUGCCAGCACCCUGAGCCUGCCCACAGUGGACCAGUGUGGUACUCUGCCCUGGAACAAGCCCAUUGCCACCUUCCCCAGCUCCAGCGCCUACAACAUCAACAAUGGCCUCCACUGAUCAGUCUGCAGAUAGUACGCAGUGUAUGCAUAACCUGCAUGCAAUACUUUGCUGUACUCAUACUGGACCUGCUGUAGUACAGUGUUGGUGUUUCCACUAGAAUAUCAGCAGUACUGUAUAUACUGUAGUUUGUAUGUCACCAAUAAACUGUUACCAGCUGCUAUUAAAAACAAAUCACUGGACCAAAUACUGCAUGAGUGCCUGUGCUGUCACAUGGGGACCGUCCAAAACCGUUCUGUUGCUUAGGAAACCUGAACAGAACAUCAAGAAAGGAGGUAGAAAUCCUCCUGCAUCGUUCCAGUAUGCGUACAGCACAGUACAACUGCAAUACGAGGACGAACGUAGCAGUAAUCAUCCCACCCAUCAGUCGCACAUCUCAGUAUUUAUUUGGCUUUUAGAAGAAACAUUCCUGUCAAAUUAAGAGAUAAAAAAAAGUUAUUAAAGGACUCUCAUUGCUGGGAUCUGGUGAUUCUAUUGCAGUGUAAGAGGUCAGUGUAAUUACUGUCACUGUACUCUGUGUAUCUGUUAUACUGUGUAAAUGAAGGACUCUCAUGGUCACAAUGUUUGUUGCUGGGGUUAUAAAGUUGUGUAGUUUCUAAAUAGAUAUUUAACUUUUAAUAAACUUGUUUGCAGAAGUGCUAAAGAGUGAUUGAGGGGGAAAAACUGUGCUGUGAACUUUAUUUUAUCUAGGAAGAGUUGUAGAUUGUAAUAUUCUAUAAGCUGCUAAAUCAUGUGUAUAUACCUUGUUUGUGUGUUUUUGUCUGUUUGUCAGUCAGCCUUUGAGGAUUAAUAUUCUAGUGCUGUACCAUGUCUGGGAGACAGCAUGAAUGGGAAUAUUUGUGUUUUGUUUUAUUGCACCAUCCUUACCCAGGCCCCACAUGUUGCCAUGUACCUUUCUGACUUCUGUUACCCACUUUGUUUGUUAGAUUUGCUGUUAAUGUGCAAAACAACCUGUAUUUAAAGUUUAUUUUACACUAGAAGGGAAGAAUGUGGGCACACUGAUGAGCUUCACUUUGAUCAAAACCCACAUCCAGGUUUCUGUUUUCUACAUGUCUUAAUGUCAGACACGUCUCACCUUUUCCUGACACUUUGCAGUGUUGAACUAUUUUAUUAUCUACAAAGUAGAUACUUGUGUACAUUUGAUAAUCAAAUUAUUUAUGUAAUAAAAACACAAUUAUAUACUUGUGAGGUUUAGAUUUUAGUUUGAGGUAUAAAUUGUUAAACGGUGGACUUCUUGGUCGUUUGGAGGAAUGUAUAUUCUUUGGUAAACUUGUGUACAUGAAAUGUUUUUAAAUUGUAAAUGUUUUGAAACCUGUACACUGAGAAAACGCCACGUUCUUCACUGUCUUUAUUUACAUCACGUGUUUUAUGUGCCAUUUGUCUUUAAUCACAAGGAAAAAUAAUCACUAGCUGUUUUUGUGUGAAUUGGUUGCUUCAUGUUGUGCUAUUAUGUGUAUACAGAGGAUACGUAAAGUACUACUUUUUGCUCAUGCCACAGUGCCUGUAUGUUUCGAAAUGCCUUGGUGUGCACCAAAAGGGUUGUGCUUGCUUUUCUGUUUCAGGCUGGCCUUUUUCCUGCACUUUGUGCCACGUAGCUGAUCAUUGUUUAAAAACUUUUUUUUUUUCUGUACAUGUAAAUAAAAUAGAAUAAACAAAGGUGGUGAGAUUA